CGCCUAAGAAAACCACCUGCUUCGGUUUGGGCACCUGGGCAGUAUCACAGCCCACACACAAAUAAAUGAAAUGAUGAAUUCUAUUGACGAUACUAUUCUCGCUCAUAUUAGAAGCAAGACAAUUUACACUAUUAUUAUUAUUAUUACUAUUAUUUACUACGUCGCUUUUCCACUCCCUUUAUUCCCAAAUUGUAUAUCCUUCCUUUCCAACUUAUGCAGCAGCUCGUCCAUGGUGGAAACUCUGUCCUAUCUAAACGAUCUCCAGUCACUGUCUGGUUGAAAGUGAAUGCUUCCACCGAUUACGAAUACUGAAGCAGUCUUUCUGAAACCACGUACGCCGUUCAAGCUGGCUUCCUUCAACGUCCGCACACUAAUGCAGAUCGGACAACAGAUGGGGCUGGCUAUGUCUUUAGAAAGUCUUGAUGUUGAUGUUUGCUGUCUAUCCGAGACCCGUAUUCAAGACUCUAGUGAAGUACUACAAAUUCGUUCUCCAUCUGUCGCCUCGAAAAGCUCCGGCAACAUCAACCAGUUUGUCCUGCCCCCCAUGGCCGGUGACGACUGAUCCACCAAACGACGCGGAAGUCCGCAAGGAACUCCAACUCUUGAAGCGCUACAAAUCACCUGGCCUGGAUGACUUACCUCCGGCUCUUUUUAAAGAUGGUGUUGACUUUCUGGCUAAGGAACUGACGGUGUUGUUUGCAAAGGUUUGGGAGCAAGAAAGUGUUCCAACAUCAUGGAAUGAGUCAAUAGUCGUCCCUAUCUUUAAAAAGGGUUCACGUUGUUCCUGUAACAACUAUCGGGGGAUAAGUCUACUUCCGAUUGCGUCCAAACUAUUGGCUUCUGUCAUUCUUCGUAGGUUGUUUAAAACCCGAGAACGAUUGACUCGCGAGGAGCAGGCUGGUUUUCGUUCUGGUCGAGGAUGCAUUGAUCACAUCUUCACCCUCCACCAAAUGUUAGAACACCGUCAUACUUAUCGCAGGCCAACAAUCGUAGUGUUUCUUGAUAUCAGGGCUGUCUUCGAUCCGUUGGACAGGACUGUUCUCUGGGAUUGUCUAUUGAAGAAGGGUGUGCCUGAGAAGUUCAUUAACAUCUUAAAGGCCCUGUACACGAACACCUCAGGCAGAGUGAGGGCAUACAACCAACUUUCUCCCUUGUUCCAUUCGAGCAGUGGGGUUAGGCAGGGUUGCCCAAUCUCAAUAUUCUACUUCAACUUUGCCAUCGACGACAUCCUGGAAACAGCUCUGAUGAAUGUAAGUAAUGGCGGUGUGGAUAUGUUGCCUGGAGAACGACUUCUCGACCUUGAGUAUGCGGAUGAUAUUGUCUUACUGUGCGAUAAUGCCCAAGGCAUGCAAUCAGCACUUAAUCAGUUGGCAAUCAGUGUCCGCAGGUACGGCAUGUGCUUUGCACCCUCCAAGUGCAAAGUACUUCUACAAGACUGGCAGGAUUCUAAUCCUGUACUCACCCUGGAUGGUGAGCAGAUUGAAGUAGUUGAGAAGUUCGUGUAUCUAGGUAGCUAUAUAAGUGCUGGUGGUGGCGUGAGUGAUGAGAUUGGUGCACGUAUAAUGAAAGCCAGAGCGGCUUAUGCCAAUCUGGGCCAUCUUUGGCGCAUUCGUGAUGUUAGUCUGGCUGUAAAAGGUCGGAUCUACAACGCGUCGGUGAGAGCAGUUUUGCUCUAUGCUUGUGAAACCUGGCCUCUCCGAGUUGAGGAUGUUAGACGUCUCUCUAUGUUCGUUGUCUCCGAAGGAUUGCUGACAUACAGUGGCAACACCAUAUUAGUAAUGCAGAGGUUCGGCAUCGUGUGUUCGGGCGCCGAGACGAUAAUUCAAUUGGUGUCACCAUCUUGAAACACUGACUUCGGUGGCUUGGACAUGUUUUACGAAUGUCGUCCCAGAGACUUCCGCGUCGUGCAUUAUUUGCCGACCCUGGGACUGGUUGGAAAAAGCGGAGAGGAGGUCAGUGUAUGACAUGGUGUCGUGGCAUGAAAGAGAGCUGCAAAGGGCUAGCUUUUGUUGGUCCUUCACGACUCCCUGGCUGGGGUCCGAGAGAUGGUGCAACACAGUGGCUAGAGACGUUAUCGUAUAUGGCUCAGAAUAGAAGCCAGUGGCGAUCCUGCUGCAACCUUCUUUUACUUUCUACAUAAAGAGUGGUUCUAACUUUCUUAACUGAAAGAGUCUUCUGGUUGUACAUUUCAGUCCGCCUUAUCUUUUCAUCCCUUCUCUUACUACUUUCAUUAUUUUGUGUGGCGCAUAUGUAUCUGGUGCCCUUUUGUACCAAUAUAUAUGUGUUUAAAUAAAUAAAUAAUAAUAAGCAUACUUUUGAAGCUGUGCGUGAAAUGUAUUUUGCGUCCAAGUUAUUUUUUGAUCUCAGGUUUUAAUCGCUAAUUAGUAAGAAUAUUGGAGACAAAGCGUCUGAACUAUACUUUUUACCCUAGAAAUAUGCUAUAUUUCUGGGGUUAAAUAUGGUGUAUAUGCCAUGACAUGACUAUCUAAUCAUUAAGGUAUUACAUCGAAGUCACAACACUGUCAACAUUGACUCGUCCUGUCGUGACAGUCAGCAGUUUUAGUGAUUAUUUCUGAUGAGGACAUCCUACCUGAUCAAUGAAAAAGGGUAUUUAAUACAAAGAUCAAACUGACGCAUGGAGCUACCACACCAACAUAACCGAGCCAAGACGUUUUGACUAAGUGCUCACAAGCUCAUCAUUUCUAACUUUCUUUGAGCGUUUGACGACCAACGUGAGUGUUCCCAGUUGUUGUAUGUUUAGCUUCAAGAACUAUGUGUUUGGGAACUAGUUCCACCACAGACUUCUCUUCUUACGUUGCGAUGACAGAAACAUAUGUUAAGGUGGAAGCAAUACUACACCAAGAGCAGUCACACAUAAAAAGCAUGCUGCAAAAACUAUGAACCACUUGUCUACAAAUAUCAAGCACCUCGACGUUGGUUCAAAUGCUCCGAAGUGAGGGGAAGAACUACAUAUGCUAAUGACAAUGAAGUAUUUCAAAUUUACGAAACCACUGAUCUGAAUAAUUGUGAAUGACUUAUCAAACCGCUUAAGAUGGUAAGUAUUCGGUCACUAUUGAUUGAUUGGUUUCAGUUCCAUUCAUGCUAAACUGAAACCAGUUUACAACGGCUUAGAUUUACGGCAUCAAUUCAGGCAGUAUGUCCUCGUCAACAGCAAGGAACGAAAACACGUUUUGUCAUCCCCGGCAAUCGACUGCUGAACAAGCAAAUUCCCGUCUACAGAGAUAUUCUUCAUCGAACAGACCCUGAUAGCCGCUUUACCUUACGACCAUGCACUGUAUUGCAUCAUUGUGAUGACUGCAUGAUAGUUGAGGAACUAAAGGUAUCAUUCAUUGGAGUACUCAAUCACAAAAGCACUAUGCACACCAAGAUGACACACUGCUGUGUGAAACCGAAAGACCAAAGGAGUGGAUUGAUAAACGAAUGAAGUAACUUCAUUGUUAGGGUAGUCAAAAGAAAGCCGAACGACUAAUUAUACACCUCUGAAUAACUAGGGGUUGAUGAAAUAGAAGGUGGAUGUGUUCCAGCUGAGUUACCGGUUGUCAAAGUUUUGGCUUGAAACUCUUCUUUAAUAACAGCAAGUAUCAAUUAAAUACAUGCUCAUCAGGCCGUUCUUUUAAAACAGAGGUGUUCUCAUCUCCACUUCCAUUUUCGUCUGCGGCUGUUGUUAGAGAGAACGUUGUACGCAUAUCAAUAGUUUGUACACUGAUAACGGAACAUUUUAAAUGAUCCUGAAAGCGAUUACUCAUUGGCCUAGCAAGAUCGAUAAACCGACUGCUCAGAUAAGAAGCUCAUCCGCCGUUGUUAAGGUCCGGUAUUGCAGCAGCAUGGAAUAUUUGACUUUCCCAUUCCCGUUAAAAACACCUGAAUAACUGCCUACUAUAGGAGCUGUACUGAAAAAACAAAAAUUCCUUGAUCAGUUUGUUCUUUGUUAAAUUUCAAGUGAUGGAAUUGUCGGAUAUCAUUGGUGAUGAUCUAUGGAAAUCCAGAAAAGCUUGUUUGGCUUACGUGUUGAUGCCUGAACCGACUAUUGCUUAGAAAUUACGUAAAACUGUAAGCGAAAUCGAUGUAAGUAACUACUAGUUAUACAGAACAAUUCGCAGUAGUUCCACGCAGUUGGUUCCCUUUAUGAAUUGGGAUAAAAUCAGAACGGCACUUGAGGCAGAAUAGUGUGAAUUCAUUAUAUUUCGCGGUUUCUCAUCAGGUGUUUGCACAUUAUAUCAUACCUCAAUGUUGUCUUUAAAUACAUAUGUGAUCGUAAGCAGCUGAUGAGAAAACAUGAAAUAUAGUGAAUUUAUGUUAUUCUGACUCAUUAUAUUGGUCCAACUUUAAUAAAAUUCUCAGUGAGUUAAGACAGUAGUCGUUAUAUUUUGUCAUUUGUCCUGUUCAUGGUUCCAAAGUGUGACCUGUCUCGAAAGCAAAAUAGCAUCAGUAGUGGGUGUUGGGAGCUCGGCCUUCUUGCACGAUGCAUGAUUUUUAUCAAAUAAACGUAGACGACAAUCCAAAUAAAAUGUGAGCCUUAUUCAGUGUGGAUGUAUUAUUGAAUAUUUGAAGAUGUUUUUCGUUAGGUACUGUUAAAGGUUUGUCUUGAAAUUACUCCUUACUAUGUAUUUUCUUCUCACCUGUUGUCUCAAUCGCUUACUAACCAGCAAUUUGUUGGUAAAGUCUAUUGUCGGCUGACAGGAAAUUUAUUCUGAGCCUGUGAACGCUUUUUGACUGGCCUUGCAAGUUCUCUGCUUUGGAGGGUGGAAAAUUUAGGGGGAUACCAGAUGCAACUUUUUUACCAAGUAAUUUAAAAACUGAGACCAAGUAGCAUCUGAUUCUUCUAUAUGACCAUGGAAAUAGUUUCAUUUUAAUCAUUCGGGCGUCAUACGAAAUCUUUACUAUUUCGAGAAUAAACUUACUUGCUAUUCUUUGAAACUUUUUCAAUAGCUUGCUGCCUUUUUAUUCAAGGGCUAGAUGCUUGUAUGCAUUACU